AUGGUGCCAGCCCGCUGCCCGGGUCCCUGUGCCAUGCUGGCAUUGGCCCUCCUCUUUGGAUACGGCGUGGCUCUUUGCCUCGGCCAGAACGACACGGAGCCCAUCGUGCUCGAAGGGAAGUGUCUUGUGGUUUGCGACUCGAACCCUUCUUCGGACGGAGCGGUUACCUCCUCACUUGGCAUAUCAGUCCGCUCCGCUGGCGCAAAGGUGGCUUUUUCCGCCGUGCGUGGAACCAACCAUGAGCCGUCAGAGAUGAGCAACACUUCUAUGACCAUCUAUUUUGACCAGGUUUUAGUGAACAUCGGCAACCAUUUCGAUCUCAAAGCAAGUGUUUUCCAGGCUCCAAGGAGGGGGAUAUAUAGUUUCAGCUUUCACGUGGUGAAGGUCUACAACAGACAAACCAUACAGGUGAACCUGAUGCAGAAUGAUUAUCCGGUUAUAUCAGCAUUCGCCGGUGACCAGGACGUUACGAGAGAGGCGGCAAGUAACGGAGUACUGCUGAUGGUUGAACGGGAGGACCGGGUCUAUCUGAAGCUGGAACGGGGCACCCUAAUGGGUGGAUGGAAAUACUCCACCUUCUCAGGCUUUCUAGUCUUUCCUCUAUAAUCUAAUCUGCGAUGAUCCACAUCGCACGGGACUCUGCGUAGGUUGAGGAACAGAAAAAAACAAAACAAAAAAAACAUGCCAUUUAUUUUUAACUUAAAUAACUGUCAGCCAAGGAAGCCGACGAAUAUCUGUAUACCUACACUCGUCCACUGUCUAGUCAAACAUGAACGUUUCCUUGGAGUGUCAUAUAUUCAAAUCCAUCAGUCAACUUUAAACGCAAUCUGGAUGAUUAAACGUGUUGAUCGGCCAGUGGCUUGUGUUUGUCGGGUAUGUGGAUUUUUUUCUUGCUUGGAAAACAAACUUUACCAACAGACAAACGGGUGUAUCUGGGCAAAAUGGACAAGGGAGAAGAUGAGGAGUGGGAGAACUG